AAUUCACAAGAAACAGGGAGCUGGCUUCCUGGGCUGCGUGCGGUUACUCUCCAAUGCCAUCAGCAGAUUAAAAGAUACUGGAUUCAGUUUGCAGACACGAGACAGGAUAGGCACUGGAGGGUCUGUGGUGGACUGCCGAGGACUGUUAGAGAAUGAAGGAACGGUGUAUGAAGACUCGGGGCCUGGGAGGCCACUCAGCUGCUUCAUGGAGGAGCCAGCUCCUUACACAGAUAGUACUGGUGCUGCUGCUGGUGGAGGGAACUGCAGAUUUGUGGAGUCCCCAAGUCAAGAUCAAAGACUUCAGGCACAGCGACUUCGAAAUCCCGAGGUCCGAGGUUCAUUGCAGACACCUCAGAACCGACCGCAUGGCCACCAGUCACCAGAACUGCCCGAAGGCUAUGAACAAAGAACAACAGUACAAGGGCAAGUUUACUUUUUGCACACACAGACUGGAGUCAGCACGUGGCAUGACCCCAGGAUACCAAGAGACCUUAACAGUGUGAAUUGUGAUGAACUUGGACCACUGCCACCAGGUUGGGAAGUCAGGAGUACCGUUUCUGGGAGAAUAUAUUUUGUAGAUCAUAAUAACCGAACAACCCAGUUUACAGACCCAAGGUUACACCACAUCAUGAAUCACCAGUGCCAACUGAAGGAACCUAGCCAGCCACUGCCACUGCCCAGUGAAGGUUCCGUGGAGGAUGAGGAGCUUCCUGCCCAGAGAUAUGAAAGAGAUUUAGUCCAGAAACUGAAAGUCCUGAGACACGAGCUGUCACUUCAGCAACCCCAAGCUGGCCAUUGCCGCAUCGAAGUAUCCAGAGAAGAAAUAUUUGAGGAAUCUUACCGUCAGAUAAUGAAGAUGCGACCGAAAGACUUGAAAAAACGACUAAUGGUGAAGUUCCGUGGAGAAGAAGGUUUGGAUUAUGGUGGAGUGGCGAGAGAGUGGCUUUAUCUGUUGUGCCAUGAAAUGUUGAAUCCCUAUUAUGGACUCUUCCAGUAUUCUACGGACAAUAUUUACAUGUUGCAAAUCAACCCAGAUUCUUCAAUCAAUCCUGACCAUUUGUCUUAUUUUCACUUUGUGGGUCGAAUCAUGGGUCUGGCUGUGUUCCAUGGACACUACAUAAAUGGGGGCUUCACGGUUCCUUUCUAUAAGCAGCUACUGGGAAAACCCAUCCAGCUCUCUGAUUUGGAAUCAGUGGACCCAGAACUACAUAAGAGCUUAGUGUGGAUUCUAGAGAAUGACAUCACCCCGGUGCUGGAUCACACUUUCUGCGUCGAGCACAAUGCUUUCGGGCGGAUUCUUCAGCACGAACUGAAACCUAAUGGCAGAAACGUGCCUGUCACAGAGGAGAACAAGAAAGAAUAUGUCCGGUUGUAUGUAAAUUGGAGGUUUAUGAGAGGAAUCGAAGCUCAGUUCUUAGCUCUUCAGAAAGGAUUUAAUGAACUCAUUCCUCAACACCUACUGAAGCCUUUUGACCAGAAGGAACUAGAGUUAAUAAUAGGUGGCCUGGAUAAAAUAGACUUGAAUGAUUGGAAGUCAAACACGCGGCUGAAGCAUUGUGUAGCUGACAGCAACAUCGUCAGGUGGUUCUGGCAAGCAGUGGAGACCUUUGAUGAGGAAAGGAGGGCCAGACUCUUGCAGUUUGUAACUGGAUCAACUCGAGUCCCUCUCCAAGGCUUCAAGGCUUUACAAGGCGCGGCAGGGCCCCGGCUGUUCACCAUCCACCUGAUCGACGCAAACACAGACAACCUACCAAAGGCCCAUACCUGCUUUAACCGAAUUGACAUCCCACCUUAUGAGUCCUAUGAGAAGCUCUAUGAGAAGCUGCUGACAGCAGUGGAGGAGACCUGUGGGUUUGCUGUGGAGUGAAAAGCAACCAAAGGCAACAGAUUCUAGCUCACGACCACCAGACCAAAAGCAUCUAGCUUCUGUGCGCCUCCUGCAAAGCUGGCUGAGGCCCUGGAAUUCUGGAUAACCUGAGGGAAAAGGAUCGUCUCCCUCCUUUUUGUUGAGGGAAGUGGGGGCCUUCUGUUGGUGGCGCCCUCCCAUUUAUCCCUCCUUUACUAUAGUCUCCCACCCCCUCCAUCACCCAUCCAAUAAAAGGCAGCCAGGUUUAGCCUUUGGCCUUGGUCACACAGGAUACCCCGCUGUGAUUGAACACAUGGUGAACAGGCUCACUGCCCUGUGCUCUUCAUAGGUGCAUCAGCCCGUAGUCAGGGAACUGAGCUUGGCGUGCUGAGGUAUGAGACUGGUAGCUUUGUCAACUGUCCCUUUUCAAAACAGCCUCGAGGCCCUUUUCACGUUCAGUAGCUGCUGGAUAUGUUACCAGAGUUCAAAUUCCAAGUUGUACAUUCUGGCAGCCUGUUCUGUGUAGUGGGUUAAUUUUUAACUGAAAAAUAUAUGCUUAUUGAAAUUCAGCCACAGCAAGGCACUUCGGGCCAAGAUGUUUCCCUUCUGAAAGGUAAAGGAAUUGGAGCAGCUUUUGCUGGGAGCCCAGGGUAUUUCUUUUCAGGGUAUCCUAGCUGAAAAAUUUGUUUUGCACAGGGAAAAAUUAUCUUUAUUUUUAACAGUCUCAUUUGCUGCAUUAUCUACCCAGUUUGAAUUUUUUCUCCAGUGAAAAUACCACAUAAUGGAGUUUAUAAAAGAAACAGACCCAAACUAGCUUCAGACCCAACCAGUCCAUACCAAAGCCAUGAUUCCUAUACCACCACUGUAUGCAGAAGAGCAGCGACUGUGUCACUCAAGAUACUAACAAUUAUGCAUUAAUUGCUGUGAGCUGAACUAACAAAACAAACCUUGCCAUCUUCGCUGCUGGCUCGAUGCAGACUAGUUUAAAGGGAGAGGGGAAUGGAUAACCUCAGUGACCUAAACUACCCAGAGUUACUGUUUUAGAAACAGUAGGGCAUGGAUACAAAACUGACAGCACAGGGGGUGACUCCACGGACUCAGCUGCCCCUUUUCUGCAGUGGCAGUUGGUGACUUAACAAUUGCUCCUCAAUUCACCAGCCCAAAUGUCUUUGAAUGAUGAGCAAGGCCAAAGCAAGCCUAGGCUCUAAAUUUCUAACACCAUUUCCGAUUUGCACAAUAAUUCAAACAGUAUUUCAUUUUAACAAAGUGGCUUGAUUUCAGAUAGCUAAACUUCAGCAAAAAACAGCAACCAGCAACAAAAUUUCCUGUAUGGUGUUGUUUGGGGGUGGGGGAAGUACAGGGUGAUUCAUUAACCAGACAUUUCACUGCUGUUGAAGUUUCUGAGUUAAGUAUUGAGAUCCAGCUGUGGGUCUGAGAUGGGUUAGGAAGGACC